CUGGCCCGCCCCCCGCCAAACGGCGCAGACCCGAAGCCUGGGCUUUGCUCCCUGGCCGCCCGGGGUUCCCUCUUUCCCUUCUUGCCUCUCCGCCCAGGAUCCCGGAGUGGGAGCCCUUGAAGUCUCCCCAGAGCAGCGCCCGCAGAGACGCCCCUCUUCCCAGGAGACCUGCUUUGGGCUGAAGAGGGCGAGGGUCCUGCCCUCCUGGCCCGCUUGGCUUGCCCUCGCCUCCCUUCCCUUCCCAGCACUGCCCACCUGCUGCCCCUUGCGCCCAGCAUGCUGCCCGGCCUCCUGGCGCUUUCCUGGCUGCCCUUUCUGCUUGCAGGUGGAGCCCCUGGAAGCCUCCGCUCAAGAGGGCGCAGGCAACUAGUGGCUCUGAAUCAAUCUGGUGUCUGUCGCUAUGGUUCGAAGCUUGACUGCUGCUAUGGCUGGAAAAGAAAUAGCAAAGAACACUGUGAAGCCACCUGUGAACAUGGGUGCAAAUAUGGUGAAUGUGUGAUGCCAAACAAGUGUAAAUGUUUUCCUGGAUUCACAGGGAAAACCUGCAGCCAAGAUCUCAAUGAAUGUGGAUUGGAACCGCAUCCUUGCAAACACAGGUGUAUGAACAUGCACGGCAGCUACAAGUGCUAUUGUCUUAAUGGGUACAUGCUCAUGCCAGAUGGCACCUGCACAAAUUCCAGGACAUGUGCCAUGGUGAAUUGCCAAUAUGGUUGUGAAGAGAUGAAAGAUGAUGUACGAUGCGUGUGUCCAUCAAGUGGACUUCAGUUAUCACCGAAUGGGAAAACAUGCAUAGAUAUUGAUGAGUGUGCCACUGGCAAAGCUAUUUGCUCUUUCAAUCGCAAAUGCGUCAACACAUUUGGAAGUUAUUACUGCAGGUGUCAGGUUGGAUAUGAACUCAAAUAUGUGAAUGGUCGAUACAACUGUGUAGAUAUCAAUGAAUGCACAGCAAACAUAUCCAUGUGUAACUUCCAUGCAGAAUGCCUCAACACACAAGGGUCUUUCAAGUGCAAAUGCAAAGCAGGCUACAAGGGGAAUGGCUUUGGGUGCUCUGUUAUUCAUGAAAAUUCAGUGAAAGAGGUUCCUAGGAUCUCUGGAGCUGCCAAAGAAAAGCUCAAGAAGCUGCUUAGGUACAAGAACAAUUUGAGAAAACAUGUAGACAUGAAGAACUCCAUUCCAGAAGCUCUUGUGACUCCACCUUCUAGAACACAUGUAAGACUGCUAGACUAUAAAGAGAGUUCCUACACAGAGGAUGAGUUUACUGAACAGGAGAAAAGCAUUGAAGAUGUUGGAAGAAAUGGAAACAUAGACAAUAAAGGAGCUGAUGAUGAAGAAGGAGAAAGCGAACACCUUGAAAAUCAGAUUGGCCAUGAGAAGAAACUCCGAGGAGAUGUAUUUUCUAAAGAAGCAGCUGCUUUUGGUCCUCUCCCAGCACAAAGAAAAAUCUCAGUCCAGAAAGCAGAGCUGGAAGAUAUCAUUUCAGUGGACUGCAGCUUUGGGCGAGGGUCUUGUGUCUGGCAGCAAGAUGCAAAUGAUGACUUUGACUGGAGUCCUGCAAAUCAUGAGAAUGGUGAUGGCUAUUACAUGGCAGUUCCAGUCUUCAUGGGGCACAAGAAGGAUGUUGGCCGUUUGAAACUUCUUCUCACUGACCUUGCGCCACAGAGUGUGUAUUGUUUAAUUUUUAGUUACCGGCUUGCAGGAGAAAGAGUAGGGAAACUACGAGUAAUCCUCAGUGACAUCAGUAGUGGCCCAUCCUGGGAACAGAGCAUGGGGAGUGGAGAGUGGUGGAAAACUGGACAAAUUGAAAUGCCUACAGGAGCAGAAACAACUAUGAAUAUUACCUUUGAGGCAGAACGUGGGAAAGGCACAACUGGAGAAAUCGGAAUGGAUACCGUAAUACUAUUUUCUGGCUUGUGUCCUGAAGACCACCUUGCAUUAGAUAUUUGAAUUUAUGGAUUUCAUUGCUAUUAUAUUAUUUGUUGUAUUAAUAAAUAUUUUGUAUUGUUGUUAUCUAGAUGAAAUACCAAUCUAGAAACAAUAUCUUGAACCUCAAAUCAGUCAGAUAACACAUUUGUAUAUAUAGUAUGCUAAACUUUGUUUUGUAUGUUGCUUUAUUUUGUUAUAGCAGGGUCUUACAGAAUGUGAAAAUAUUUCUCUAGCUCUUCUCGCAAUAAAUGUGCUUUAUUGUAUACAACA